AAAACAACCACCCAUUGUAGCGCCGGCUUUGGUCUUGCGCACAUCGGUUGUUUGGUUUUCAGUUUUCAAUCACAUUUUCCGGGGGAGUGUUGCAGCCGCUGACGACAUCAACGCACUUUUCGCAGGAGCUGCUUAUCCUAUUUGGUUUGUUCCGUUUUUUGCUUCGCGUUUUGCUAACCCGCUUUGAAUUAGCCAUUAAGUAUAUUACUAACCCAAUGGCAAAAUGCUAUCCUACGACCUCAACGAACGCCUGCUGACUGCCGUGCAGAGUGGGGAUUUUGAGCAGGCGCUGGGCUGCAUCAUGCAAGGUGCCCAGGCCUCGUAUGUAUCGCCCACUUGCGGACGCACAGCCGUGGGCACAGCGGCUAUUCUGGGCGACGCCGAGCUGCUGGAGCUCCUGGUGCAGUCCUGCGAGGAGCCCGAGCUGGAUGUCUUCCAUCAGUCUCACACGGAUAAUCUGGAGAUCGAGCGAACGCCCGAAGGUAUGGAGAAACUUGAGUGGGUGGAUGAGUUCGAAAGUUGUUCUGAAAAUGGAGGAGGCGGAGGAGGAGAAGAAGAGAGUCAGCUUUAUCAGUAUUACGCAAAAACCUUCGAGAAUACCGGAGAAUUCAUAUCCCAGUGCUGUGUCUCCUGUCGCGAGCAGGAUCCCCACCUAUACGAUGCGGACUUGGCCACUCCUCUGCACUAUGCCGCCUGUUGGGGUCACGAGGAGUGUGUAAAAAUCCUCCUCGAACACAGUGCUCCCAUUAAUGUCGUAAACAGCGAAGGAUAUGCUCCCUUGCAUGUGGGAGCGGGAUUCGCCGGGGUCACCAAGCUACUGAUCAAACAUGGAGCUUUGGUCAAUGCCAAAACCCUGAGUGAUGGCAAGACCGCUCUGCAUGUGGCUAUUGAAAGUAAAUCCCCGGAAUCCGCCAGGUUGCUGCUCCAAACGAAUAUCAAUAUCAAUGACACGGAUGACGAGGGUGAGACCCCGCUGAUGACGGCCAUAGCCUGCAGUUUGGUGGAUCUGGCCAAGGAGCUGGUGGAACGAGGAGCUCGGAUAAACCUUCAGGAUAAGCAGAAUCACACGGCUUUGCAGUAUGCGGUGCGGGGUCGUCAUGGCCAGAUGGCCAAGUUGCUGCUGGAGCGAGGAGCUCGGCGACUGGCCUCCCAACAUCUCCUUCAUCUCGCCGUGGAGUAUGAUGAUCGGGAGAUGGUGGAACUUCUGCUGCAGUACGGCGAGAGUUUGUCGGUGAGGGAUGGUGAUAACUACACGCCCAUCAUGCUGGCCAUCCAUCUGCAGCGGCCCGAAAUGCUGGAGUAUCUUCUUGAAGCAGCUGAGGAGCAUCGCCGGCUGGGUCUCUAUUCGGAUGUCCAGGAUGAGGGUCUGGUCCUGUUUGCCGUGCAGCAGAUCGUUUGUGUAAAGGAGUUUCGGAGUAUCCUUCGUGUAUUACUCGCCAAAUUACCAAGUGCUCGUCGGGAUUUGUAUGGCUCGUGUGCUCCCACAAUCGUUUGCGGCCUGAUCUACUGUCAAACUCCUUUGUCCAGAGCUAUUAACCUGCAUCGCCUGGAAUUAGCAGAGUUACUCAUACACGAGGGCUGCAAUAUGGCGCAGAUUUGCCGGGAGCAUGUGGUCAACGAGCUGAGAUACAAUUGUUCGCCUUCUAGUCUCUCCUUUGCGAGAUUACUCUGCCACACGGGCUUCCAGUUCCCGCACAAGCAUCGAGCUUUGCCCAAGGAUUGGCCACCUGCCCGCCAGGAAUUCGAGCGAGUAAUGUCUCUAUUUGGCACUCAACCACGAUCUCUGCAAUCUCUUGCUCGCCUGGAGAUACGCGAGUGUCUCGGCAAAUCCCUCCGAACGCGGCCAGAGAUACAGCAAAGGUAUCUGCCUACACGAGAACGAUCAUCGCUGGGCAGGAUCGUAGAUGAGUUCGCCAUACCCGCCACCCUGAAGCUCUACCUCAGCGACUUUGCCGAGCUUCCCCUGGUGAGGGGAUCGGAACAGGCACAGCUACCUGUUAUAAGAUGCACAGAGUCUUGGGAUUGAUUGCGCUUUAGGAGUUUAUUCAGAUUAUAUAGGUUUUAUAUUUAUGGUUAUAUGGUAUGUAGCAUAUAGGUUUUUUGUAUAUUGGCGUCGAGUGUGUAGGAAGGUUGUGUAAAAUACGAUUUAGGACUUUAUUAUAUUUUCCUUAAUUCUGCAAAACCUUCUUCGUUACACGACUCUGUGAUAUUAAUUUUCUUAUCCAUGUACUACAA